UCCGGGAGCCUUUGCUUGGCUGUGAAUACAGAACAUAUAAUUUGACAGCAUCCGGACCCGGCUUACCCAAAAUUCGUUUCAAUCAAGUCACCAAACAGUCGACAUCGAGCAUUCCUAGCAUUCGCUCCCGUUCGACACUCUUCAACCACACCACAUCAGUUACAAUGGCUGGGUUCAAACUCUCGGCAGGCGUUGGCCUUCUCGGCCUCGCUGCUAGAUCGCUUGCCGUUCCCGCUCCCAUCUACUCGGAGCCCACCACCACCUUCUCGGUCCCCAAGAUCACGGCAGUGGUCGAGCCCGUUACCAAUGUAACCUCUCAUGGUACCUACACAGGGCCACCCGCUUUUACCACCGGCGCCUUGUCGACUUCAGUCCUUGCUCCAUCAGUUCCAGCUCUUCCCCCAGGGCCAGACGCUUUCAAGUACCCGAGUGAUGGGCAACUUCACGCUCCUCAGCCUGCCCCUUACACUCCGGCUGGCGGUGUUGGCACCAACGGCUCUGCUCCCGUUUACAGAGUGCUUUCCGACUUCGACUACCAGUCCAUUGCCCUGGCCCUUCACCAGGAAUGGAUUGAGCUCGAUCUCUUCCACUGGGGUCUCGCCACAUUCUCAGUGGAGGACUUUGAGGAGGCCGGCCUCACUGCUGAAGACCGUCACUUGAUUGAGUUCAUGGCAGACCAGGAAGUCGGCCACGCUACUCUGCUCAGCAACAUUCUUGGCCCCUCUGCCCCCAACCAGUGCACCUACAACUACCCUGCCACCAACGUGCACGAGUUCAUUGACUUCUGCCAAAAGUUGACUCGCUACGGUGAGUCCGGUGUCUACGGCUUCCUCAACCACCUCAACGCCCACGAUGUCGGUCAGUUGCUGCUGCAGUCCAUCACCACCGAGGCUCGUCAGCAGAUGAUCUUCCGCCAGUUCGAGGGUCUCUUCCCCAUGCCCGAAUGGUUCGAGGUCGGCAUUCCUCAGUCCUGGGCCUGGUCUCUUCUCGCCCCUUACAUCUCUUCGUGCCCCGAGAACAACACCCGUCUGAUCUGGCAGAACUACCCUGCCCUCAACAUCCUGAACCAGCCCAACCCGUUCCGCAUCAACGGCUCUUACGUGUGGAACGAGACCACGGACGGCGGCUACGCCAACACGGCCUCGUACCAGGACAUUGACGAGAGCGAUGACUGCACCAAGUCGACGGACGUCGGCGUCUCGUGCGCCCCCGGCAUCACCCGCAACCGCUCCAUGCCCCUCUCGUACCCCGGCCGCCAGGUCUUCCUCGAGUGGGACGAGCCCGGCAAGCCCAUCGGCCCCAACAACUCGUAUGUUACCGACACUCAGGCUGGUGCUCCCAAGUUUGCCGCGUGGGUCUCGCAGCUCAACGUCACGUACUCGCCUCUGGAGAACAUCCAGGGCAACAGCGCCUACACGGUCCAGCCUGAUGUCAGCACUUUUGAUGGCAACCCGGCUAUCAACGGUACGAUCUUCCUUGUCUUGACUGAUGAGGAUCUGUAUGUUACUCCGUACAACUUGACGCAGCUGAACCCUCACGUUUAUGCUGUUGGCAUGUACCAAUCUGGUUAAGGGGUUGCAACAAUUUCUUUAAUGUUUAUACCCGGGUGAUUUUGCACGCAGUUCUGUGCGAGCUGCCUAUGUAAUUGUAUGACGAGUCAUGAUGAACAACUGGAGUGGAAAAGGGGAUGUACAUAAUGGAGGUGUUGAAUAGAUAAGUGUACAGUGUUUCUCUUUUGGUGUUGGUGUUUGGCUGGAAUUAUGGUACCCUAAUUACGACUGCCCACAAUGAUAGUUAAUAAUGCCGACAUCAGGUUAUUAA